AUGAAGCCUGUUGUGUCUUCGGCCAGAUCCUUCUAUCACGGCUUAAUCAAAGGACAAUAGACCGUCUGUUAAGCCUUUCUAACUGCCAAAAACUAAGUCAAAGUUGAAGGGAGAUUCCCAUAUGCCGAAGAAAACAAAUUCCUUCUGCUUACUAAGACAACUCAUCAAUGCUCCACUUGGCUAUUGCGAGAAGGGGAGUUUAAAGAUCUCACUCCUCAACAGAACUAAAACAAUCUGCCUUCUCUUGUCCCCAAUUUCACUGGCAGAACUCAAUAGAUGUAAGAAGUCAUGGACAAAAUCAUUUAAAAUUAACUUAUCAAUAUCAAAGGAGUGUUGGGAGUAGGCAAAAGUGCUUUGAUAAAGGAAAUCAGUAUUUACAUAGCUUAAAGAAACAUUUUCAAAAAUGGAGUUGUCUACUUAUAACUCAAUUAAUGUGAUAGUUUUGAUAGUGUAACUAGUAGAUUUGCUCAAAUCUUUAUGCCCAAUCUAACAUUGCAAAGUAAUUAUGAAAUCAAAUAAUUGAUGGUCACUCAAAUCAUAUAAACUAUUAAAAAUCAAGAAUUCCUCCUCAUUCUGGAUAAUUGUGAUUUGAUUAUGCAUUCCAAUGACCGCGAUGUCUUUGUUGACUUUCUUGAAUUACUCCUAGCCAAUUGUAAAUGUCAUCUAUGUAUCACAAAUAGAAGUGAAAUCCUUCAAUAAGGAAGAGUAAUCAAAAUUGAAGGUUUACCCCAAGAAGAAAGUGCUCAACUAUUCAUUAAUUCAUCUUCAAGAGAAAUUACCAUUCAAGAAGUUGAGGAAUUAUUAGGUUGUAAUGAUCUUCUGAAUAGAUAUACUUGGAAUGAUAAAUUAUUGAUCUAGAAAUUCUCCAAUCAUGCCCUAUUCCAAAUUCUGGAUGGACAUCCUUAAGGUAUCAUACUAUCAUCAGGUCUACUCGAGAAUUACACUCUAAAAGAAUUAUACUAACAAUUAUCCUACAAAUAAUUGAUGGAUUUGCCUAUUUCAAGUAGGGUAACUGAAGAGGAAAGGAGAUCACUUAGAGUGUCAUUGAAUUUAAGUUGGGGGAACUUAGUGGAAAGAUAUGAAAAGGCUGCCAUCUUUUUUGGGAUGUUAGGAUUACUGCCAUGUGGUAUUUACAAUGAUGAAUUAAAUGAUGUUUGGGGGCCAGGAUGGGAAAAAUUGGCAACUCAAUUGAUUAAGAGUUCCUUAUUGUUGUCUACUAAGAAAAAUACAAAAACACAUUAUUGCUUAUACAAUUUUACUGUUAAGUUUGCAGAAAGUAAAUUGGAUUCUAAAUAGAAAAGAUUGUAUCAUCAUAAUAUUGUUAAAUUAUUACUAAAAAAGUCAUUGACAUAUUACACUCAAAUAGGUACUUAAGCACAUGAUAUUAAUAAUCAACCAAAUGAUGAUUUCUUGGCAAUUGAAUAAAAUAUCAAGAGUGCUAUUUUUAGAGAAUUUGAAAUCAUAUCAAAUGGUUAAUUCGAAAUUGAACCCUAAAAACAAGAAAAUAAGGAUUAGGAAAAUGAUGAUGAAACAUUCAAUCUGCCUUUGACCAAAGAAAACUUAGAGAUGAUGCAAAAGAAAUAUGAAAACAAUAGUUAAAAAUCUCAUCUAAGUUCCAAAGUAGGUUUCACUGGUUCUGUUAUAUCCAGCUUUAAAUAUGAUUAAAUCUCUGAUGAUUAUAUGACUAAUGCUCCAAAACGAAAAUCUUUUUCUAUCGCUAAGGUUGGGGUCACAAUUAGUGAGGAGGAUGAAUUAUAAUCGAAUAAAGAUUAUUCAGAUAAUGGUAUGAGUAUUAAUUAUGUGGAAUCAAAACUUUUUAAGAUCAACUCCAACAAUGUCAAGCAUGAACUCAUUGAUGAUUCUAGCAAUCCCUAGGAAUGCCAAACCUAAUCAUAAUUUUAAUAGUCAUCAAUUCCUCAAGCUAUUCAGAGUGAUUAAACCCAGGUACAAAAGAUUGUCGAUCCAAAAUUUAUUAAAUCCUCUCCUAAUCCUAAUCCAUUAACUCAAAGAGUUACUUUUCUUGAUUAACAAAUUAAGCCUCUUGCCCAGGAUAUGAAAAAAUAGAAACUUGAGGAGGAUGAAAAGCAACAUCAACCUCUAUCUAAGCGAUAAGCAAUUUCUAAGAAGGGAGAUAGAGCGAAAUCUGGUAAGGCCAAAGAAGAACCGACUUUAUCUGCCUAAUAACCAAAUAAAAAGGAUAAAAUAUAAAAACUGAUCCUGUAUUAUUGUUAAAUUUUGUUGCUUCAAAGAAGGUACAACGAAUGUCUAAAAUUUAUUAACUGGUCUUAUUAAUACUUUUAUGGAGAUUUAUUAUUCACUGCUAAUAUAAUCAAAACAAAGGCAUGUGUAUAUUAUAUGCUUAAGGAACCCAAAAAAUCGUAAUAAGCAUUCAAGUAAGCAAAGGAGAUGUUCAUUAAAAAGGGUUGUACUCUAGGUGUUGCAUGUUGUGAAGCUGCUAGUGGUUACAUUUCCUUAUAAGAACGAAGUUUGCUUUAAGCCAAAGUUAAUUUUGAAAAUGCACUUUAAUUUUAUGAGUAAUUGAAUCAUGAUUUUGGAAAACACUUCUUAAAUAGAUGGCUGCUCUUAGUUAAAAAUAAAAUUUCAAGUCUCAAGAAUGAUAGAGCCAAACAUAUUCAAUAAGAAAAGAUGUUGAUUGAAAAUCUUAAACAAGAAUUCAAAAAGGGAAUUAAAGUAGACAAUCUCAUUUAAAAAAAACACAAGGGAGGAGUCUUCAUUUUAAGAUGGCUAGGCGAUACGUUAUCUAUUUUCAUUGAAAUUGCUACAGUUGAAGAUUCUAAAUAGAAGGAUAUUAUGAGCAUUUUGAGAGUUGUUGAAUAGAAUCCAAUUACAAACUAUAAAAGAAAUUCAAAAAAAUCAGAUGAAAUAGAAAUCAGACCCACAACUGUGAGUAAUGCUAAACCAACUAGUUCAAGCAGCAGCACUGCAACUCUGAAAAGGUUUAAUAAAGUAUAGAAACCACCUCCUAAUAGCAAAUAUUUAAAUGAAAUAGCAGAAAAUGUAUAACAAGAAGAAGAUCCUACAAAUACAUCCUUAUAACAAUUAUAGAAAUAAUAAUAACAAUAGUAGUAACCUUAAAAACCGUUUAUAAAAAAGAAUGCUCAAUUAUAAAUGAUGCCUUGCCAAAAAAAAACUACCAAAAAUUAAUGA